AUGGCAAGGUCAACACGCCCACGCGCUCAUGUCCCAUUAUACGCUGACUCCGACUCUGAUGGUGAUGAGAACGAGAACGACAGCUCUGACCAGGAAGCCACGCCACGAGCAAAACACGCGCGAGGUGCGCCCAACGGAAAAGCAAAGGGAAAGAAACGCGCCUCGGAUGUCUACCAGCCUGGAGACAGUGGUAGCAGCCCGAAUGGGAACCAUCGAGUACCGUUCAAGACUGUGAAUAUUAAUGACGAUGAGGCGGAGAAACGAAAGCGCAGGAAGAGCGCCAAGCUUGCUGCGCCUAUGGUACUUGUUGACGAUGCUGAGAUGGCGAAUGGGAGUGCUGCUGGGGCGAGCUCGUCGACUCGUGAACCUGGGGAUACUCCGAAGGCGAAUAGGCACGCUAAACAUAAGCAGCAGCUUAUGGCUGUUACGGAGACGCCGGUUAUUAACGUGCCUCUGGAUGUUAUGAGCUCGAACUUUGAAGAGUGGAUGAAGAUGGCUACUGAUAAUAAAAUUAAUGCAACCAACUCGUGGAACUUCGCGCUCAUAGACUAUUUCCAUGACAUGUCCCUGCUGCGGAACAACGUAGACAACUCUAUCAACUUCCAGAAAGCAUCAUGUACUCUUGAUGGCUGCGUGAAGAUCUGGACUAGCCGUGUCGACAGCGUCGGUACGGAGACAGGGAAGCUACUGAGCAAUCUUGCAACUGAAGGGAAAGUCGAGGCGGACGAUGAAGAUUUGUCGGACAAUCCUGAUGUACAAGACCAGGCGCAGCGCAAACGUGCUGCGAAGGCCUCCCGAACCGAGUCAACGCUCGCGAAGAAUGUGUCGCAGCUACGUAGCAAGAAACUUGACCUGGAGUUCAGCGUAGAUCCGUUGUUCAAGAAGACUUGCGCAGACUUCGACGAAGGAGGCGCACAGGGACUCUUGAUGAACCACCUGAGCCUUGGGAUUGGAAGCGAGGGUAGCAUGCGGGUGAUCUUCGACGCUAGUGACUCCAUGGGUAAAGGGAGAGAGGAAGAUGAAGAGGCUGUAGAUAUCGAGCCUUAUGAUGAUAUCGACCUCACCAACAUCCGAAGCGAAUUUCUUCCCGACCUCUCUGCCCUGGAAGAUAAAACUAUUGCCCCUUCAUUAGAAGGAUUCUCAUUUUCAAAAGGCGACACGUCCUUUGAACAGUCGAACUUCAUGAAUUCAACCUAUGCAGCAGACUUAGAUGACGACGACUUUGGAGCUGGCGCUGAUGUCGGCGACGCUGGUGCGCCCAUGGACGUCGAUGGUGCCGUCGGAGGCGGCGAAGAUGUCCAAGACUUCUUCGUCGGCGAACAAGCUGUUGUAGAUGACUUCGGUUACGAUGGCGGUUUUGAUGCUGGUGGAGAUGACCGAAGUCAGACUGGUGGUGAAAGCAGCGGAGACGUUGACGGAAGGGGUGCAACACAAGCACCUCAAACAGGAGGAUUUGAGCCCUUCGACCCUCGACGCGCACCGAACGAACGCGAUUUGCUACUUGCUAUGACUGAGCCAGGUGCUAAUGGGAGUUCCCUUGAUUAUUUCGAUCAGACGUUCCUUAAGAACUGGGCUGGUCCUGAGCAUUGGAAAAUCCGUAAGGUCAUUCGACGACCUGAGGCAAAUGCGGAUACGUCAGCAAACAAGACGAAAACGCGUGAAAAGAAGGAGCCGUUCAAGAUUGACUUCCUCACUCCAUCUGAGAAGUCCCAGAAAGAAGUGACGAAGGAGAUCUUCGCUCCGGUUACGCGUGGUGCAAGUAUCACUUUACCUGGUUUUGCGAAGAAGAGUCGAAAGGGAAAGGAGAAGGAGAAGCGCGGUGAUCAUACGCUUCCGGACGAUAUGCACUUCUCGAGUCGACAACUUGUUACUCUUUUCCUUAAACCUAAUUUCGCGCUUAAGAUGCGGGGUAACCGAGCACGUCUCAAUGCUAAUGAUGGGGAGGUCGACGAGCGAUUCUGGGCUCAGGCUGCUGCAGACCAGGCCGCUGGCCGGCAAGCAGAUGAUGGUGAAGAGGGUAUGUUUACAGGCGCGAUUCCCUUCAACACACAGUUCUUCCACGAUGAGUAUGACGACGGUCCAGGCUUUGAUGAUAUCUACGACGGUGAUGCAGGAGGCGAGGGCUUGGGAAUCGAUGCAGAACCUGGGGAACGGGACCUCCUUGCUGAAACGCAAGGUACAUCGCGUCGCGUUCGUCCUGAGACUGUUAAUUAUGCACGACGUGCCAAGCGAGUGGAUGUUCGUAAAUUAAAGGAGAAUAUCUGGAAGGGGUUGGAUAUUGUCGUUCCCCCGUCUCAAGGCCUGGAGAAUGAGGAAGAGGAUACAACGCUGGAUUCUCGACCGCCCACAGAUCCCGAAGAAGCACGAGUAUUUACAUCAGUCAUUUCUGGCUUGCAUACGUCGUAUCCGAAGGAUAAGAUGGCGGAUAUUAGCACGAGCUUCUGUUUCAUUUGUCUUCUUCAUCUUGCGAAUGAACGGGGAUUGAAACUCGAAGUUGGUGAGGAAGAUGAGGGCGUUUUGCCUCAGAAUAUCGUUGUUACCGAAGAGGAGGAAGAAGAGGAAACGCGGGUUGGGAAUCUUUGGGGGCUAAAGGUAUUCCGAGAUCCAAACGCCAUUCCAGCCGCAUAA